AUGGCCCGGGUGCUCAAGAUGGACGAGCUGAUCGAGUCCGAGCUGAUGCACGACUUCGAGACCAGCCUCUCGGAUAUCGGGCAGGAGCCGGGUGCCGGCGCCUACAGCAUGAGCGAUGUCUUGGCAUUGCCCAUUUUCCAGCCGGAUGACUGCAGCCUUCCCUUGGAGGGGGAAACUGAACAGCCACCUUUUCGGUAUGUGAUGUGUGCUGCAACAUCGCCAGCAGUAAAGCUGCAUGAUGAAACUCUCACUUACUUGAACCAAGGUCAGUCCUAUGAAAUUCGGUUGCUGGAUAAUCGGAAAGUGGGAGAUAUGACUGAGAUUAGUGGGAAAUUUGUCAGGAGCAUCAUAAGGGUUGUGUUCCAUGACAGACGGCUACAGUAUACACAGCAUCAGCAACUUGAAGGCUGGAAGUGGAAUCGCCCAGGAGACAGACUUCUCGAUUUAGAUAUUCCACUGUCUGUGGGAAUAAUUGACACAAGGACAAAUCCAAGCCAGUUGCAUGCAGUUGAAUUUCUGUGGGACCCUGCAAAACGCACGUCUGCUUUCAUUAAGGUACACUGCAUCAGCACAGAAUUUACUCCACGGAAGCACGGAGGUGAAAAGGGAGUGCCUUUUAGGAUCCAGGUGGACACCUUUAAGCAGAAUGAAAACGGGGAAUAUACAGAUCAUCUGCACUCGGCUAGCUGCCAAAUCAAAGUUUUUAAGCCUAAAGGUGCAGACAGGAAACAAAAAAAUGACCGGGAGAAGAUGGAGAAGAGAACACCUCACGAAAAAGAAAAGUAUCAGCCAUCUUAUGAUACCACAAUCCUCACAGAGAUGAGGCUUGAGCCUGUCCUUGAAGAUGUACUUGAACAUAAGCAGAAAAACUCCAGCAAGAGGACUUUGCCAGCAGACUACGGUGAUUCUCUGCCAAAGCGAAGCACUUGUUCUCCAUGGCCCAGCACCCCCACGGCCUAUGUGAACAACAGCCCUUCUCCAGCGCCCACUUUCACCUCCCCAUGGCAGAGCACUUGCAGUGUCCCAGACAGCAUUUCUUCUUCGCCAAAUCAUCAGGGGUAUGGUGUUUCACAGGCCUCUGGUGAACAGAUUCAACCUUCAGCUACGACCCAGGAAACACAGCAAUGGCUGAUCAAAAACAGAUUCUCUUCCUACGCAAGACUGUUUUCUGAUUUUUCAGGUGCCGACUUAUUAAAACUGACCAAGGAGGAUUUAGUUCAAAUUUGUGGAGCAGCCGAUGGAAUUCGGCUCUAUAAUUCACUGAGGUCAACGUUGGAUAGGCCUCGUUUAACCAUCUAUGUCUGCCAGGAGCAGCCAAAGAGCACACCAUCCCAAGGACAGCAGCAAGCUGCAGGCAGCGGAGGCGAGAGCAGCCUUGGGAUACCGUACAUUUAUCAUGCAAUCUACUUGGAAGAAAUGGUUGCCUCAGAAGUUGCCCGAAAACUUGCAUUGGUGUUUAAUAUUCCUUUCCAUAAAAUUAACCAGGUUUACAGACAAGGUCCUACUGGUAUUCACAUUCUUGUUAGUGAUCAGAUGGUUCAGAACUUUCAAAACGAGAGUUGUUUUUUAUUCUCCACAUUAAAAGCUGAAAACGGUGAUGGUAUCCACCUGUGUUUGAAGUGAUGUCUUAUGUGGACUGAACUACAUUCAGUACCAAAUAAAGUCACGCUUAAAAGUGUGUGAAGACUGAAUCUAAGAAGUCUUGGGAUGGAAUUUUGCUGUAUGAAAUGUUUCAUAUAGAAAACUCAAGAUGACCCUUCUGGGUCGGCUUUAGCUCAAGCGGUUACUUCCUCAAGCCAGACUUCAUUCUGUCAAGAUGACCCUUCUAAUGAGCUGUGUGAGCGGUGAAUUUCCUCGCUGUCUUGCCAUAGCCGGGCAUCCUCGUGAGAGUGAGCACGUUGGGACAGCGUGCAUCCAGCUCUGGAGGUACAGCUGCCUGCUUCUCUGGCAGAGGCCAGUAGAUAGAGUUCUUAGAAGCAGACUUUGUUGUCUUUUACACUGUAUGCAGUUUGGAAAUGAAUGUAAAAACUUACUGUGGGCAUUUACCUGUCUGUGCCAGUUUGGCUUUUAUUGCCUGAACCAUAUGCUGACCUGGGGAGGGGAGGGCACAGUGCUGUUGUGGAGCCAGCAUGGACUAUGUGUGAAGGGAUGCGUCAUGCUGCCGUGGACAUUGGUGGUCAGGUGAGAGGCUUGGCACUUCUUGGAAGAAAUCGUGUCUAAGGAUGUACGUCUGAUGUGAUCAUGCCAGACUGGGGAAGAUCCAAGCCAAGAAGAUGGGCUUGAAGCAAACUGCAUUAUCCAGGAGUACCUUGGUGAGAGGAUCGGUGUAAAUCCUAAUAGAUUCAAAGACUUUUAUGUUUUUGCUUUGUCACAGAUUUAUUGAAAAACUUUUGCUUCUUCCAUUUUUAGGAUUUUAGUUUCUGGUUUUUAUUUUUUGAAACCUCUUUUUUAAACUCAUGUGGUUUUCCUUCCCAUUUUCCUCCCUCCCUCCAUCUCUGACCACCCCCCAUGCCAUCCUGUUCUUUAACAUUUUUAAAGCCCUACCCCAGACACUGGAAAUAGGUGACCUAAGUGGAGGGAAAAAUUGUUAAUAGCUUCUGACUUUGUGUUAAGGUGUCUUUGUUAUGAACAAGAUAAAAUUAUUCAUGGAAACACUAGAUGUCAUAAAUUAGACACUAAAAUGUACUUCAAUAUUCUCUUACGUCUCUCCUUGAAUGUUGAGCUUUAGUACAAUCAUGGGUAAACAUUCUGGUGAUUACUUAGGGGCUUUUUAUACAACACAUAAUAGCUUUUUUUUCCAUAAAAAGGGUGCCUCUUUUAAAAAACCAAAUGCUUGUCUGCUAGCAUACUUUUCAAAAGGGAUCCACUGUUUUCUUUUUUUUUUUUUUCUUAUUUUUUAUCUACUGUUAUCUCCUCCUCAAACCCAAAGCCUUGCCAAAAUUCAUGAGCAAGCAUUUUUGAGGCCUAUGGUGUAGCAAGCCAAAAUUUCUUUCUAAAACUUCUGUUCCAUUUUAAUUACAGCAUCUCUCAGUCCAUUUACCCAGGUGUUUUGGCUUUGAAUGUACUAUUUAAUCCUCAUCUUUGUUCAGGUGGAAAUAUGAAUGAGUAAUUUUGAGUUUGAAAUCUCUCCCAGAAGACAGACUACUGGUUAAAAGCUUUGAUAUUUUGUUUACUCAUAAAGGGGGUUAAUUAUUCGCUAUAAAGAAACCCUGUCUCAAUAUUUUCAUCUUGGGUUUAAAAACAUCUGUAACUCCUAUAGACCCUGUAGGAGGAGAGCGUUCUUUUCUGUCCUUUUUCUCUUUGCUUUUGUAUGACCACAUAUUUUCUAGACCAGUCACUUGGGAAAGAAGUAAGCUUAUCUCUUAAUUGUUUAAGUUUUGCUUGUCUAUUUAGCAUUGCUUGUCUUUUUGGUUCUCAAGAUUUAUGGAACAAUAAAUGUCAUUUAAUGCUAUGUGCUAUUUUGAAUUCCUCAUCAGGUUUUAGAAGUGGGGUGAAAAUAGAAGCUCAUCAAACUUGAAAUUACGCUGAGCAGCAUUAAUUAGUCUGUCCCAAUGAAACAGGUUAAAUAAAUUAUGGCACUAACAAA